AACAUGGCGGCCGAAGCAGAAAGACUGUUCAAACGGGCCCUGGUGCCGAUUCUUUUACCUGAGAAAUGCUACGACAAACUUUUUGUCCAGUGGGACUUACUUGAUGGUCCCUGCCUCAAGAUUCUGAUCAGCAAAGGCCUGGGGCUGGGCAUUGUGGCUGGGUCACUUCUUGUAAAGCUGCCCCAGGUACUUAAAAUCCUGGGAGCCAAGAGUGCAGAAGGGCUCAGUCUCCAGUCAGUAAUGCUGGAGCUGAUGGCAUUGACUGGGACCAUGGUCUACAGCAUCACCAACAAUUUCCCUUUCAGGCCUGCCUUUCUUCCUCCCAACUCUUGACUCUGCAGCUCUUGGGGUGAAGCCCUGUUCCUGACCCUCCAGACAGUCACCAUCUGCUUUCUGGUCAUGCACUACAGAGGACAGACUGUGAAAGGAGUAGCUUUCCUCGCCUGCUACGCACUCGUCCUUCUGGUGCUGCUUUCACCGUUCACGCCCUUGGCUGUAGUCACCCUGCUCCAGGCCUCCAAUGUGCCUGCUGUGGUUGUGGGCAAGCUGCUCCAGGCAGCCACCAACUACUGCAAUGGGCACACAGGCCAGCUCUCAGCCAUCACAGUCUUUCUGCUGUUUGGGGGCUCUCUGACCCGAAUCUUCACUUCCAUUCAGGAAACUGGAGACCCCCUCAUGGCUGGAGUCUUUGUGGUUUCCUCCCUCUGCAAUGGCCUCAUUGCCAUCCAGGUCCUCUUCUACUGGAACACCAAGCCUCCCCACAAGCAGAAGGAGCAGUAGAUUUGAGCCAGCUACUGGAGUCAUUCUGUUUCCAUUCAUCCACCCAACUUCAGGAUCCUCCCCAUCUAAGCCUGUGUGCUGGUGUGACUUUUAAUCAUCCACCAUUCCUGGGUAACUGCAGCUUUCUGAGCCAGGCUUUGUUUUUAGUAAAGUUUUUCUAAGUCCUGUUCACAUACUAUUCACUCAU